CACGAAGCCGUAGCCGUUUAGAGCGUUGGAAGAGUUGAAGGACAGUUCUUCCUUUAUAAGAAAACCCAUUUUCCCUCCUUUCCAAACCCUCCUCUGGUCCCUCACACCCACUUUUCCCCAACCCUCAAAGGCCCCAUUUCAGCCCCCUCUCCUUCAAUACCCAGAAACCCAUUUCAGGAUUCAGCUUAUUUUCCUGCAAAUCGUGAGCUUGCAGCUCAAGGGCACAUGGGUACAAGGACACAGCAACAAUGCCGAGAAGACAACGAGGAUGACCUCCCAAGUGGCCCUGGUGCCGCCACAAUUUCGAGUCAGUCUGUUUCCAUGAGUGGCAGUGUGGGGUCUCCUUAUAGCCGCAGCGACCAAACCAUGGCCACGCCUGCCAGCGACAAAGCUUUUCUUCGAUUGAACAACCCCGACAUCCAUGGCGACGAGGCGGGGUCGCAAGGACCUAUUGGUAACGUGAAGAAAAAGAGGGGUCAGCGUGCUGUUGGAGGGGACAAGAGUGGAAGGGGGCUUCGCCAAUUUAGCAUGAAAGUUUGUGAGAAAGUGGAGAGUAAGGGGAGAACGAAUUAUAACGAGGUUGCAGAUGAACUUGUAGCCGAGUUUGCAGAUCCUGGCAACGGUCUCGCAUCGCCAGAUCAGCAACAGUACGAUGAAAAAAACAUCAGGCGAAGGGUAUAUGAUGCCCUGAAUGUUCUCAUGGCAAUGGAUAUUAUAUCAAAGGAUAAGAAGGAGAUACAAUGGAAGGGUCUGCCACGUACCAGCGCGAAUGAUAUUGAAGAACUAAAGGCCGAGCGUCUUGGACUUAGAAAAAGGAUAGAAAAGAAAGCGGCAUACUUGCAAGAGCUGGAGGAACAGUAUGUAGGUCUUCAGAACCUAAUACAGCGAAAUGAACAGUUAUUCAGUUACGAGAAUGCUCCGAGUGGUGGCGUGUCUUUACCUUUUAUCCUCGUGCAGACACGGCCUCAUGCAACUGUUGAGAUAGAAAUUUCAGAAGACAUGCAGCUGGUGCAUUUCGACUUCAACAGUACUCCUUUUGAGCUUCAUGAUGACAACUACGUUUUGAAGGCAAUGAAAUUUUGCGACAGACCGCAACGCGACGACACGGCACAAAAUUUUACUCCCGAUAGGGGGGAGGGCUCUAGCAUGUAUCGAUCACACCGGACCCCUCUUCCUUCAAUGUCUAACACGCCGAUUAGAACUCCAACCUCACCACCACUUCCCGGAAUUAUAAAAGCUCGCAUCAAACACGAACAUUGAUGAUCGGUUAGGCUGAGCUCGAGUUUCUUCUAUGUGCAUGAAUCUCUGCAUGAUUGUAUAUUCUUCAUGUCCUUACUGCCAUGGCCUUCUCGAUUAUUGUUGCUUCGUAUAGGAUGGAUAGUUCGUUACAUCACAAACUUCAUACAAUCAAAUUCAUUUAGCUUGUGGUUGAAGUCAUUGUCUGGCUUA